GUGGGGAGGGUGGCGAUUGCGGCUCCGGGAAGGAUGGAGUCGGCCGCGACCCGAGUGGAGGCGGCAGCUCUAGAGGUCCUGGCCGAGGCGGCAGGCAUCCUAGAGCCUAUAGGCCUGCAAGAGGAGGCAGAACUGCCAGCAAAGAUCCUGGCUGACUUUGUAGUGGAUGCCCAGAAGAAGGACAAGCUGCUCUGCAGCCAACUUCAGGUAGUGGACUUCCUGCAGAAUUUCCUGGCUCAAGAGGACACUGCCCAGGGCCUAGACCCUUUGGCUUCUGAAGACACAAGCCGACAGAAGGCAAUUGCAGCCGAAGAGCAAUGGAAAGAGCUGAAGGCUACCUACCAGGAGCAUGUGGAGGCCAUCAAAAGUGCCCUGACCCAGGCCCUGACCCAGAUGGAAGAGGCCCAAAGAAAGCGGGCACAGCUCCAGGAGGCCAUUGAGCAGCUCCAGGCCAAGAAGCAAAUGGCUCUGGAGAAACUCAGAGUAGCCCAGAAGCAGUGGCAGCUGCAACAGGAGAAGCACCUGCAGCAUCUGGCAGAUGUUUCUGCAGAGGUGAGGGAGCGUCAGACAGGAAUUCAGCAGAAGCUUGAGCGGCUAUAUCAGGAACUUGGAACUCUGAAGCAGCAGGCAGGACAAGAGAAGGACAAGCUGCUGAGGCUCCAGACAUUUUUACGGCUGCUAUAUACCCUGCAAGGUAAGCUGCUGUUCCCUGAAGCUGAAGCUGAGGCAGAGACAGAAGCAGAGUCACCACAGGAGCUGCCCCUCCAUCUAGAUCUUCCUGAGGAUAAGCCCCAGCAUCUGACCUGGCCCCAGAAGCAGAACACUGGGGACACCAUGGGGAGAGAGCAGAGUGUGUCCUCCAAGGCCAGCAGCCCACAACCUGCUGAUGCAAGCUUGCCAUUGCUGCCUGGGGAACAACAGCAUGAGGAAGGAUCCUAGAGCAGGUCAUACCCCAAUUCAGGCCUUGGCGUUCCUGGACUGCAGUACUUCUGGAUAAAGCCUGAUUUGUCACCAUGACUCAGGUGGGGGCAAGCUCUGGAGUCUGUCAAAUAAAAGCCCUGGAUCCCCCCAGUUGCCUCUUUUGUUUUUUCAUCUUUAUGUGCUGGUGGAAAGAACUACAGACAUUCCAAGGGCAAUAGCAUGACAGGAGCUGAAACUGGUAUGAUCAGAGGGUAUGUAGAGGGGUGGGGGCCCUGGCCUGGAGCCUCUGGUUGCUUGCCCAAAUCCAUGAUGCAAACAUGCUGAGCUUAAUUCAAGUGAGGGGAGAAUGCUUUAGGCAGGUGGUCAGAUGUGGGAAGAUACUUUUAUUAACUGAUCCAAAUGUUUGUUGAGUCCCUACUUUGUGCUAGGGCCCUUGGUGUGAACCAGAACUACAAUAGUGGGCUUAUCUGACCCUGCUUUAGGAUGGCCUAAUGUUAUAUUCCUGAUAUCUUUUUGCACCUUAUCUAAUACUUUCUUUGGUCAAUCUUUUCAGAUAUGCAUUCAUUUUUUUAGUCUUUUCAAAGAUUUAAAGAUUGGCUUUUAUGAUCAAAGAUUCA